AUGAUCCUGAACGCCUCUGACCUGGGCUGGGACGAGUCCUCAGGUGCAGACCCCUUCUUCCCUCUGGACCAGUUGGGUAGCUCACCUCCAUAUGAAGUCCCGCCCCUCACGGUGUGGGGCGUGGCACUGUGUGUUUCAGGAACUCUCAUUGCCACUGAAAAUGCAAUAGUUGUCACCACCAUCUUGGCCACCCCGUCUCUUCGCGCCCCUGUUUUCCUGCUGCUGGCUAGCCUUGGACUUGCUGACCUCCUGGCAGGCGUUGCUCUGGUCCUGCACUUCCUCUUCCUGUUCUGUGUGGAGCCCAGUGAUUGGUCAGAAUUGCUGACCUCAGGACUGCUGGUGACAUCACUGACUGCCUCACUUUGUAGCCUGAUGGGUGUUGCCUUGGACCGAUACCUGUCUUUAAGCCACGCCCUCACCUAUGGUUCAAGCCAAUCACGUCACAGAGCCGCCAUCCUCCUGCUCCUGGUCUGGUUGGGUGCAUGUAUCAUCGGGGCUGGGCCUGCAAUGGGAUGGCACUGUCUGGGAGAGCCAAACUCCUGUUCUGUAGCCCGACCUCUGACCCGGACAUACCUAUCGCUGCUGUGUGGUGGCUUCCUGGUGGUUGUCAUGGUAACCCUGCAAUUGUACGCUGGGAUCUGCCGUGUGGCAAGGCGGCAUGCCCACGCCAUUGCUACCCAGAGGCACUUUCUCCCUGCCAACCAAUCAUAUGCAAACAAACACAGCAGUGGGAGAGGCUUCUCUCGGUUGAUCCUGGUGCUCAGUGUGUUUGUAGGCUGCUGGAUGCCUUUCUCCCUCUGGGGGCUGCUGGGAGAUGCGUCCAGCCCUCCUCUGUACACCUAUGCCACCUUGGUGCCAGCAGCGGGCAGCUCGUUGCUGAACCCAAUACUCUACAGUCUAAGAAACAAAGACAUUCGCAAAGUGCUGCUCCAGGCCUGCUGCCCACACAAAUACACACAAAACACACACGUACACUACCCUGUUGAUGUGUAGACUGCCAAACUUUGCCAGACUCAAACGACCAUACAAUCUAUGCCAGACAUAUCACUGUUUGUGUGCCAAAAUACGCACAUAGCUGCAUUGACUCUCAUCCAAAUCAAGAACAUUAAGUCUCUCUCACACACACACACACACACACAUACUCCCACACACGCAAGCAGCAGAGAGAUGAAGUCCUUCUGUGAAUCAGAAUGUCCUGGACUGUCCUGGCUGGCAGCCAUCUUGGGACAAAAGACUAAACAUGCUGUCUUGUAUGUACUUUGUGCCUCAUCCAGUCAAUUGUAGAUCCACUGGAUUCCCAGACUGACACAAUCACAGGGAUGCUAUAUAUAUCCCCAGUCAUAAAAAGUGGA